AUGGCAUUAUCUAAAAUGGAUAAACCCCACAAUGCCCAACACUUUUUAGAAUGUGACAUUGAAGAAUGUGAAAGAAACUUUGAGUUCUAUUGCAACGUUUGUCAUCAAAGAUUGUGCAAACAAUGCAGCGAAGAACAUCUGAAAAGUCCAGUAAAUAAGGACCAUGAGGUGGUCCUUUACCAGCAACGUAAAAGACAAUUUCCUGUGGAGAAAUGCAAGAUCCACCCCAAUAAAGAUAUCGACAUGCUCUGUGAAGAAUGCCAAGUUUCAGUAUGUUCCAAAUGUGCCACACAGGGAGACCAUCGGGGGCAUAUAUUUACUGAUCUUGAAACUAUUUAUGCAGAAAAAUGUGCAGUCUUUCAAGAAGAAAUUAGAAAAAUCCAUGAAUACUUUCUCCCCACAUCACAAGAUUUACAAAGAGAAAUCAAAAAAGACUCCUCAGAUAUCAGACACAUUAUGGACAACAUCAGAACAUCCAUGAAGACUGAAGGCGAGUCCCUGAAAAGUCUGGUAGACACAGUCGUAUCUGAGAAUAUGAAGCAGCUAGACCAGAUAGAGCAUUCACUGUUGGAUGAUCUAAACACCCAAGACAAGACAUUGGAUGAUUACAUCACUUAUCUUAAUAACCUUGUCAAAGAGCUCCACGGAUGCCUGUCCUCUACAGAACCCCAGAAAUUAAUGUCUGAGAAGAAGCCAAAGAUCCAAUCCAUACCAGAGAUAAUAAAACCAGUCACACCAGGAUUUACUGCUGGUCAAUACAGCAAAUUUGAUGUUACCAAAUUACUUGGUGAAAUACAUGUCCCCAACACUAAGGCAGAAAAGAGAGAAAUAAGGCCCUUUGAAAAUGUCCACAAUACAACAAUGAAAUCGACUCAAGAACAGAAGGAAGAAGACAGAGAGAAAUCUGACAAGAAACAAACAAUAUCUCUAUCUGCCUCUGUCACCAAGGUCAGGGAGUUCAAUGUACCAGGUGUUGAUGAUGUAUACCAUAUAUCACUAGAUCAAUCAGACAGACUAUGGAUCAGUGACAGUAAUGGUAAUCUUGUCCAAACAGAUCUACAGGGGAACGAGAUACAGAAGAUAGAAACCAGUGGUGGGGAUGAAGGUUAUCACACAGUCACACAAGAUGGGGAUCUCAUAUUUACUGACCAAGACACGAAAAUCAUCUAUAGGAUAACACAGGAUAAUAAUAUCACUGAAUUCAUUAAAACUGAAGACUGGGAACCACUCAGCAUACACUCCUCCCACAUUAAUGGGGACAUACUGGUGGGGAUGGUGAGGGUUAGAGAGGCUAAAGGACUGUUUAAAAAGGGGAAGAAAAAAGAGAAAAGUAAAAUCACCAGGUACAAUAAGACAGGAAAAGAACUACAGAACAUACAGAGGGAUAACAAAGGACAGAAAUUGUAUAACCUACCACAUUACAUCACAGAAAACAUCAAUGGAGAUAUCUGUACAUCAGACUUUGAUAUAAGAGCAGUAGUGGUGGUGAAUAAAUCAGGACAACACAGGUUCUCCUACACAGGUCAGGAGUCAGAGUUCCUUCCCUACGGAAUCUGCACUGAUGUCCUCGGUCACAUCCUGGUGUGUGAUGGAUUCUUUCAUAGUAACACUGUUCACAUCCUUGAUCAGGACGGUCAAAUCUUGUCUCUAUUACUCACACAACAACAAGGGGUAUAUCGUCCCUGUAGUGUGUGUGUGGAUGAAGAGAACAAUCUUUAUGUGGGACAAGUAAACAACACACUGACUGUGUACAAGUAUCUCCAGUGAUUAUUUCUUAUUCUGUCAUAAACACUGCAAAUCAAAAUAUGCAUUUACUCAUCAGUUUUGUUACUUUAUAUUCAAUUAUCACAAAAAGUGAUUCUUAAUUGUUUUAUCAUUAUUUUACACGGCAUAUUGAUGUGUCAAAAUUAAAGUAACCAGGUCAAUAUUAUGGUGCGCACUAGGCACUUAUUUUUGUUAAUUGCUUAGAAUCACAUAAAUUUACGUAAAACACGUAUAAUGUAAAAUUAUAUUAAACUACAUAUUUUGCCGAAUGUGAAUGAAAUCAACAUAUAGUGUUCCAAGAAAUUAUUGAGAAUUUUUUAAUG